AUGAAGCUGAGCGCUGUAGCCACCCUUUUCACCGCCCUUGCGGCGGUGACCAUUGCAAACCCGGUGACACGGUCGCACAGCCACGUCGUGCACGAGGAGAGGCAUCCCGCACGAAGAGAAUGGGUCAAGAACCGCCGACUACACACUAUGGCCAGGCUGCCAGUUCGGAUCGGUCUUGCUCAAUCAAACUUAGACCGUGCAAACGAGUUCAUGAACGAUGUGGCACACCCCGACUCGCUCAAUUACGGCAAACAUUGGACCCACGAUGAAAUCGCAAAUAUGUUUGCGCCGACGCAAGAGUCCAUCGCUCUGGUCAUGCAAUGGCUUGAAAGCGAGGGGAUCCACCGGAAUCGUGUCGAGCUCACCAGAGGUCGCAACUGGAUCCAGUUCAACGGCACGGUAGGCGAGGUUGAGCGGCUCUUGAAGACCGAGUACCACAUGUACAAGCACGAACAAGGUCACAACCAUGUCGCCUGCGACAAGUAUCACGUUCCGGAGCAUCUGGUCCAACACAUCGACAUGAUCACGCCGACAGUCCACUUUGACCAGCGUAUCGGGGAGCAAAGGAAGAACACCAAGCAUGAUCUGGAAGAGCACCACAUCGAAGAAUUGAAGAAGCGGCAACUCAGAAAGCGCGAACUUCUUGCCAAGCGAGACGUUGCUACUGGCGGCAAGAACCCCGCCAUUCAGGGUAACCCAGACAGUGGCUUCGGACCCAAGCAGGGUGCAGUUGUCAUGAACGCUCUCAUGGAUCUCAACCAAUGCGACUCCAUGAUCACCCCGGAUUGCCUGCGGGCGCUCUACGCAACCCCUCCCGGGUCGCUCAAGGCAUCCAACAACACCCUCGGCAUCGUAGAGUACACACCGCAAGCUUUCCUUCAGUCGGAUCUAGACAUGUACUUCAACGAGUUUGAGCCUCGUGCGAAAGGUCAGGGUCCCAUUGUCAGUCUGGUCGGAAACGCCGUGGUGCAGACGACAAACCAGAGUUUCCGCUUCAACGGCGAGUCUGCGCUCGAUUUAGAAUUCGCCAUGGCCCUGAUCCACCCUCAGACAACAACUUUGUACCAGGUCGGCGAUCUCAGCCAGGGUGCUAGCUUCAACAACUUCCUCGACGCCAUUGACGGCAGCUACUGCACCUUCCGAGGAGGUGGUUCCAAGGAUCCUAACAUUGACGGACAAUACAGCAACAAGGUUUGCGGAUCAGCCCCAGCGGUGAAUGUCAUUUCUACGAGUUACGGAUUCAAUGAGGCAGAUCUCGGUCGCAAGUACGUUGAGCGCCAGUGUGCUGAGUACAUGAAGCUCGGCCUCGCGGGCGUCACAGUACUUUACUCCUCUGGUGACUCUGGUGUCGCCGGCAACGGCCAGCAAUGCAUCGACACCCAGACUGGUGCAUACAAUGAGGGCAAGCAGGGAAUCUUCAACCCUUCUUUCCCUGGCGGCUGCCCUUGGGUCACGUCUGUUGGUGCUACUCAGAUCCUGGAGGGAUCUACUGUCCACACCCCGGAGAGCGCCUGCCAAAAGGCCAUUUUCUCCGGAGGAGGAUUCUCCAACGUCUUUGCGGUUCCCGAUUACCAAAAGAAGAUGAUGGAGCAGUACUACGCCAAGAACGCGCCGCCGUACGGUGCAGACCGGUACAACAAUUCCAAGACGGUGCGAGGUUUCCCUGACAUUGCUGCUAAUGGCGCCAACUAUGUGACUGCUGUCAACGGCAAGUUCUCGUUGUCCUUCGGCACCUCAGCAUCGGCUCCUGUUGUUGGGUCCAUUGUCAAUAUGAUCAACGAAAAGCGCAUCGAGGCAGGCAAGAAGCCCGUUGGCUUCAUCAACCCAACGCUCUACGCGCACCCUGAGAUUCUCAACGACGUAACCAAUGGCGACAAUCCGGGCUGUGGCACCAAGGGGUUUUCUGCAGUCGCGGGAUGGGAUCCUGUCACCGGCAUGGGAACACCUAAUUUCCCUGAGAUGGAGAAGCUAUUCAUGAGCCUACCCUAA